GGAGGAACCCGCCUGCAAGCUGCAAUGGCCUGGUGAGUGAGCUAUGGCGUCUGCCUGUACUAAAAGGUCGCCUGUUGCCUGCGCGAGCGGAGUGGAUGACAGUAGUGGGGAGUUCAGUGAAUUGUGUUGUAGAGGGUGCUGGCGCUUUCCGUCCCGGGGAGCUGGACACGGUGUACGAUGUUUAUUUAUGUACAGAGGUAUCCGAAGCUGGUAGGCGUUCCCCUUAAGGUUCGGAGGCUACACACAGCAAUGUGUCACUACAAAGGUCGAACGGGCGCCGAGCACCUGUGGCUUAUGCGGCAUCUAAAGGACCCGUAUGUGAAGGCCGCAAAGGUGGAGAGUUACCGCUGCCGCAGCGCUUUCAAGCUCCUGGAGAUGAAUGAGAAGCACCACAUCCUGAGGCCUGGUCUCCGGGUACUGGACUGCGGGGCCGCUCCGGGAGCCUGGAGUCAGGUGGCAGUGCAGAGGGUCAACGCCACAGGCGCAGAUCUCAGCUCUCCUGUGGGCUUCGUGCUUGGGGUCGACCUUCUUCACAUAUUCCCUUUGGCAGGAGCCACUUUUCUAUGCCCUGCUGAUGUGACCGACCCCAGGACUUUCCAGAGAGUUUUAGAACUGCUUCCCAGAAGGAGAGCGGAUGUGAUUCUGAGUGACAUGGCACCGAAUGCCACUGGGAUCCGAGACCUUGAUCACGACAGGCUCAUCAGCUUGUGCCUUACCCUUGUGGACAUGGCUGUGGACAUCCUGCAUCCGGGGGGGACACUGCUGUGCAAAACCUGGGCCGGAAGUAAAAGCCACCUGCUGCAGAAGAGACUGACCCAGGAGUUCCAGAGCACGAGGGUCGUGAAACCAGAGGCCAGCAGGAGAGAGUCUUCAGAGGUGUACCUGUUAGCCACACAGUACCGUGGGGGGAGUGCUGAGCAGUGAGUCUGUCCUGCCUUUCUGGGAGUGCUUCCGAAGUGGAGCGUGGAUCCAAACAGCACUGGAUACAAACAGCACUGGAAGCACCUCUGGGUUCUUAAGAGAUAAAAAAUAUAUUUAGGGGAGAUAAAAAAUAGAUUCAGGGGCCAUGAAAAAGUUCUAAGAAUGGACAGCACCAUGGCUCAGUGAGUAAAGGGGCUUGCUGCUAAGCCUGGCGCCCUGAGUGCAGUCUCUGGGACCCCUAUAGCAGCGAGAGAGAACCAACUCCUGAAAGUUGGCUCUGACUCCCCACGUGCACGCGCGCACACACACACACACACACACAUACUUCACAUGAUAUGAACAAAUAUAUUGGCACUGUUAGUUUUUGGCAGUUUGAUACAAACCUACCUAUGUCUGGGAAGAAAGAAUCCGACUGAGGAACUGUCUCCAUCGGCUUGGCCUGUGGGCAGGGGAGUGAGACAUUGUCUUGAAGGGUGACUGAAGUGGGAGGGCCCAGCCCUGUGGGGGUGGUGCCAUCCUUUUUUUGGCUUUGUUUAUUUGUCUGUUUUUGAGGUUGAGUGUCACUACAUAACUGAAGCUGGCUAUGAGCCCACAAUCCUCUUGCCUUGCUUCUCAAGUGCUGGGCACAUUACAAGUGUACAUUGCCACACGUGGUUUGCACCAUGUUUGAUGAGAAUGUUUUUAUGAGGAAGCUAAGUGGAGAGUGAAGGAUAUAAAAGAAAAAAGCUAGGCAGUGGUGGCAUAUACCUUUAAUCCCAGUAAAAGCUGGAGGAUCACUGUGACUUGUGUCUUGGAGGCCAGCCUGGUCUACAGAGCCUUGUUCCAGGACAGCCAGGGUUAUACUAAAUAAAUAAAUAAAUAAAUAAAUAAAUAAAUAAAUAAAUGGAUAGAA